GUGUUUGCCUCACAGUUCUGAGGUCCAGGUUUUGUCCCAGCCCCGUUGUGUGGAGUUUGCAUGUUCUGCCUGUGCCUGCAGGGGUUUUCUCCGGACACUCCGGUUUCCUCACACACCCCCAUACUCUAAAUUGCCCCUAGGUCUGAUUGUGCGUGCGGCUGUUUGUCUCUAUGUGCCCUGCAAUUGGUUGGCAACCAGUUCAGGGUGUGCCCACGCUCCUGCCCGUUGACAGCUGGGAUCGCCUCCAGCACUCCCGCAACCUUUGCAAGGAUAAACGGCUAAAAAAAUGGAUCGAUGGUCAUUAAAACAUCACUGGAACAUCACAGACUAUAAAGACAAAACUCGUGACCAAAUACUCUCUCAAUCAUUUUGUCAUGCGCACACACUAAAGACCAAUAUUUACCAUGUCUUCGUAUCCCACUGGGGCCUCCACUCCCUGAGAAGGGUUGCGUCAGGAAGGGCAUCCGGCGUAAAAAUUGUGCCAAACAUAUAUACGCGUUCAUCUGAGAUGACACGCUGUGGUGACCCCGAAAGGGACAAGCCGAAAGAAACACACACACCAUUUUUCUCACCGUACAUAUUUCCAAACGUACUAUUGACAUUAAAAUCUCACUAGAUGGUGGGAACAACCCAAGUAACUCACACAUACAAAAAAAGUUAGAACAAAGUAGUUCUAAUUAAAUUGUGUGUAAUAAUCCAUCCAUGCAUUUUCUUAGCUGCUUAUCCUCACAAGGGUCACGACAGCUCUCUGCUCUCACCCAUCGUGAAAUCAGUCUUGACCCACACUUUGGCUAUGAGACCUUUUUUUAGGCCAUUAUUUAGGACUGAAUCAGCUGAUCGUAAAUUGUACUGAGAAGCGUCUGGACUCCUAUUUGAUUAUUGAUAGAUUUAUGUUUUGUCUUGGCUUUUCAUGCCUUUUUGCACCUCCCUCUCUUUGUGUGUUCAGUACUUUUUCUCUGUGGCAUUAGAAAUCUUUACACACAACUAACAACGUAAUUGUUUUACUUUCUUUGUAUAUGUGGAUUACUAGGGUUGUUCCCAAAAUCUGGUGAAAAUUUCAUGUCAAAAAGCAAGUUGGAAAAUAUAUUAAGUAAGAAAAAAAUGGUAAGGUUGAACACUAAUUUCAGCCACCAUGUAUGUUGAUUAAAUAAUCAGAAGAAGUGAGAGGAACUCUACAAGCGGAACUUGAUGGCUCCAUUUCUCAUCCUGUCAUGUGAUUUCCUGUGAACUGUCAGGUUAGGGUGUAGUUUUUAUUCACAUGGUGGCAGAUUUGAGAUCUGACCAAUAAAGCACGAGGUGUUCUAACGGGACUUUGAAGAGCCAUGUACCUCUGGAUCAGCCAAUUAGGAUUUCCGAAUUUGACUCAACAAUGAUGUCUGAAACGGGAUUUUUUUAACUGAAACUGGGGAACUAAGUUUUUUUUUUACAGCUAGGUGGCUGCUGAGAAGGGAAUAUUUUCCGUGUAAAGAUUUUGUGACUAAUAUUGCGUGUUUGUAGGUUUUGUUUUGUUUUUAAUACAUAUUGGGAAGCUCAUUCGGCAGGAUAAGAUGGAGAAUAAUGUCAACUUUGCAAGACUCUUAUCAGAAGAAAGCAGUUGUUCCACCCUGUCAUCAGACUUCGAGUACUAUCAUACAGAGAUAUUCGAGCAGCUGCCUAGCAUCCAGUUUUUCCAGCCUGAGCAAGGCAGACAGGACGCUUCAGAGGAUGAGCUCGGACGCUUGUCCAGAGGACCAAGAGACAGAAUCUCUACACAGUCACUCAAGAGUCUGGCCAUGUGUAUUCAAGGAAAAAGACAUGCAAGAAGGAAGAUGCAAACCAGCAACAUUGGGUUCUUGGAGUCAUGGAGGCAGAGCCAGAGUACCAAGACCAAGAGGCUGUGGUGUAAACUGGGAGGAGCUAUUUCAGGACUGUUACCAUGGCAGCACACACUACAUGUCAUUGAAGGCCGGUUUGGUGUGGGCGUGAAUUCCUAUUUUGUAUUCCUUCGAUAUCUGGUAUACUUGAAUCUCAUCCACUGUGCUCUAAUAUGGGCUUUUAUCCUGGGGCCUACAACAUUUUAUGGUAGAGGCAACAAAAAUGAUUCACUGAGGUUUGGAGGCAAUGACUCAGUUCUGGAUUUCUUUCUGGGAUCGGGUUACCUGGAUCGUUCUCCUGUGUUCUAUGGUUUUUAUACACGUGGUUCACUCAACUAUCCUUGCUUGAAUACGCCAUUGCUGUACCUCAGUGGAAUAUUUGCUAUCCUCCUCCUCAGUGUCAUCAUGGAGAUCCGUAGAACAACAGUUGGCUACAAGCACACAUGGAUGCUUGGAAAGCGUUCCAGGAUGAAUGUGAGCUAUAAGAUCUUUUGUGGCUGGGAUUUCACCAUCCAAGAUGCUGACGCAGCCACACACAAACGCAGCUUCCUGAGGAACGAUCUCAAGCUAUACUUGGAGGAGCAGCGCUUCUCUCAGUAUGAGGCACGGAGGACAAUGUGGCAGUGGGUGCGUCUCCAACUGCUCCGGAUCACUUUCAACCUCCUCGUUCUGUCUCUGCUGGGUGGAGCGUUUUACCUCAUCUACUUUGCUAUCCUAACAUCGCAGUCUCUCCAAAAGCGCAAUCACAACUGGUUGGUCAGUCUGCUCCUCCAGUACCUCCCACCGAUCACCAUCACCUUUGUCAACCUUUCCCUCCCUCACCUUUUCCAAAAGAUUUCUAGUUUUGAAGACUACUCCUUCACCAUGCAGGUCAAUGUCACACUGGUGAGGAGCAUCUUUUUGAAGCUUGCCUCACUGGGCAUCUACUUAUUUUUUGUCUUGACAACAACACCUGAGCAAUGCCCAGAGAAUCAAUUUGGAAGAGAGAUGUACAAGCUGUGCAUCUUUAACUUCCUUGCUAUUGUUUGCAAUGCCUUCCUCGUGAACUAUCCCAGGAAGCUGGUGCAAGAGAAGUUCCGCUCAUCAUUACUAGCUAGGUUAUUAGGGAAGCAACACUUCUUGGUUCCCUUGAAUGUGCUAGAUCUGGUCUACAGUCAAACGGUCUCCUGGGUGGGUGUCUACUUCUGCCCUCUGCUGCCUCUGAUUGGAACGGUCACGCUGACAGCUACGUUCUACAUCAAGAAGUUCACAGUCUUGCGGUGCUGUGUGACAGAACAGAGGAUGUUUCGAGCCUCCAACUCCUCCGUUUUAUUCCACUUCAUGUUGCUGCUUGGUUUUGUCAUGGCUGCCACCACCCUGGGCUUCACCCUCUUCCAGCAACAAACUCCACUGGAUGAUAAAAUAUUCUCGGAAUAUUCCCCCUGUGGCCCAUUUGGGAAUGGACAAAGUGUGUUCAAUUUGGCGGGAGUGUGUGUGGAAAGUCUUCCGAACCUGGCAAAAAUCAUUGUCCGCUACGUGACGUCUGAGGCCUUUGCACUGCCGCUCAUACUUGCUGAGAUAAUGAUCUUGACCUCGUAUGUGUCACGAGGACGAGCCAAUCAAAAGACUAUCGAGAGACUGAAAGAUAUGCUGGUUAUGAGCAGUUCAGAUAAGCGUUUCCUGGUGAAAAAGCAUGCUACAGUGCUCCGACAUAAAAACAUCCCUUCUAUGCAUCCUACAAGAACGCCCUCUCAGUCCACAUGAACCGGUCCAUUGGCCUUUUCUUCUGCUGAAGCGAAAACAUUUCACUUUGAAUAUGACAUAAUAUUCUCAAUGUAUUUCUGAUCAAUUUAAUAUGAAACCUAAUGUUAUGCUCUUUUUUUAUUGCAUCGUUAUACUGUAUUAAAUGUAAUUAUAUUAUUCUAUUUUUAUGUUUUGUUGAAUGGGAAAGAUUUCAUGCUUGUGUGUCCGUUUUUGCAUCCCUUUUUAACAUUCAAAGUACUGAGCGUUAAAAGUCAUCCGUGAAGCCAAUGAUGACAUCUCACUUGCUAUCUUUUUCAAACAUGCGUUUAAGAGCAGUAGAAUCCACGCAUGUACACGUACGCAGAAAAAAAUGAUUAGUAGUAAAUUGGAAGCUGUGUUAUUUAUGAGGAAUCUAUACACACUUUUUUUGUGGCCGCUUCUGGGUGAGUGAGAGAAACAAUAUGGUGACUUCAAAAAAUGAAAUUGACUAUCUUUCAGAUUAUUUAGCUCUAUACUAUUUUAGACGAGUGUGUGUGCAUGUGAAUGCUGAAAUGCCAAAUGAAAUCAUGUGGAAUGGUAUUGAAUGAUAUGGAUUUAUAUCAAAUUAUAUUGAAUAAUGCGGAACGAUAUGGAAUGCACUAAUAUUUUGAAGUUCAGUUUUGGCUGAGUCAGUUGAGAAAUGUACAAGGAGGGAAUGAUGCAGAAUAUGUACAUUAUAUGUAUCCAAAUAUGUAAAAAUAUAUUGAAUGAAAGGCUUUCAUUGUGAAAUUUGGGGAAUUGGAAUUGUUCACAAGUGUGUAUUAAUGAGCUUAACACGUAGAAGUUGAAAGAGUGAGAAUCAGUUGAGAAAAAAUAAACUGUAGCUAAAUACAACCACUUCCAGUCCCCAAAAUAUUUGGACCUCUGAACAUAUUUGCCGACCAACAUGGUAGGUCCUCCAUGAUAUCACACUAAUAGCUUUGUCUUCUAUUAAGAGAGUAAGUUAAUAAAUAGUUUCUGCCUGCAUUUGAUUUGAUAAUUCAAUGAUUAGUUGUUGUCUGGAGAGCGUAGCUCGACAAUAUUAUGCCCAGUCCCACUUUGGGCA